UCUUUAAAUCGGACCUUGACCCAAACGUAAAUAACAUUCUUUCCUCCAAACAAAGCAAAACGAAGAACAAUACAGUAAACCCCUCUCUGCUGUCUCUCAAACCGUGUCCAGCUUAUACUUCAGGUAAUACCAAUAACAAGAAUAAGAAAUCAUGCCGGACACGCAGGCCCUCGUCAAUGACUUUCUUAACAAGCUUAAGAAACGUAAGAUUGAGGGGUCGCAGGCGACAGCGAGGCAGACGGCGGAGCUGCUUCGGUCUGUGAUUUCGCAGCAGCGCGUGUCGUACACCAACCAGGCUGGCGCGUUGAUUGAUGCUGUCAAGGCUGUGGGCGAGCAGCUCAUUGCUGCUAAUCCUGUUGAGCUUGCUGUGGGUAAUAUUGUGAGACGUGUAUUACACAUUAUUAGGGAGGAGGAUCUGUCUCUGACUACAGCUGCUAUUGAUGGGUUAAACUUAUCAGCUGUAAGUGAUGAUGAAACUGAUGAUAAUCGAGAUGAUCACCCGGUUUUAUCUGCUGCUGCUGUGGCUGCUGCUGCUAGAAGUACUUUGCGUCCACCUUCCUUGCAGACCCUCCUUGAGGAUUCACCCGCCUCAGCUGCUAUUCCUCAUACUUCUUCAUCUGGGGGUGAUUCUGAAGGGAAAAGCAAAUCUGCUGAUAAAAAUUCAAAAACUAGGAAAUUGAAGCAUGAUGUUAUUGAAGCGGUUAAUGAACUAAUUCAAGAUAUUGCCACUUGCCAUGAGCAGAUAGCUGAGCAAGCAGUGGAGCAUAUCCAUCAGAAUGAGGUAAUAUUAACUUUAGGCAGUUCAAGGACAGUGUUGGAGUUUCUUUGUGCUGCAAAGGAGAAGAAAAGAUCAUUUCGAGUUUUUGUUGCAGAGGGUGCUCCAAGGUAUCAAGGGCAUCUUCUUGCAAAAGAUUUGGUUUCAAGAGGUUUACAGACCACGCUGAUUACUGAUUCCGCAGUUUUUGCCAUGAUUUCUCGAGUGAACAUGGUUAUAGUUGGAGCACAUGCUGUUAUGGCCAAUGGUGGGGUUAUAGCACCUGUUGGGUUGAAUAUGGUAGCACUGGCCGCACAGAAGCAUGCUGUACCUUUUGUGGUUCUUGCUGGCAGUCACAAGUUGUGCCCCCUGUAUCCUCACAAUCCUGAAGUAUUGCUUAAUGAGUUGAGAUCUCCUUCUGAACUGCUGGAUUUUGGAGAAUUCUCAGAUUGCUUGGAUUUCGGAAGUGGCACGGGGUCCCCUCUUCUUCAUGUUGUCAAUCCAACAUUUGAUUAUGUGCCACCAAAGCUUGUUAGUCUUUUUAUUACUGACACAGGAGGGCAUAAUCCUUCAUACAUGUAUCGACUUAUUGCUGAUUAUUAUUCGGCUGAUGAUUUGGUUGUGCAACGAAGACCUACUGCUGGGAAUUGAGCUUGAAUUACUUUUUUUUUUUACCCUAUAUUGGAUAGUGCUGUGGAUUUUCAGGUUGUUAAGGAUUUUACUGCAAAAAGAACUUUUGAUUUUGAGGAUGAAGUUUCAAAUCAUCGACUUGAGAAUGAGUGUUGAUGCAGGUCCAGAGAUACGCGAUGGCGUGAACUUGGACAAAGUUAAAGAAAGGGAUGAACAUUUUUGUGAUUAUGACUAAGUUAAAAGGAGAGGAACAUCUAAAGUGAGAGAAAGAAGUGAACUAAUAGGAGGUAAUUUUUGUGAUUGUAUCAGUGCCGAAAGGCCAAGCGAUGUAUUUUGUAUCAAUAAUUAUCACAUAUGGAUAGUUUAUAUAGUGUGUAGCUGAAAAUUUCAUGGCAGAUUGUGUCUGGGUUGGUAAUCUUCUAGUAUCUUAGUGCUGCAUUUU